GAGGGAGCCGCGGCCGCCGCUGCCCGCCCCGCCCGCUCCGCCGCCGUCGCGGCCCGGCCGCCCGCUCCCCGCCUGCCUCCCUCCCUCCGCCGCGGGCAGGAGGGACCGCCCGGGGCCUGGCGGUCGCGGAGAGAUGAGCAACAACAGCAAUAAGAGAGCACCAACCACAGCAACCCAGAGGCUGAAACAAGACUACCUGAGGAUUAAAAAAGAUCCAGUGCCUUACAUCUGUGCAGAGCCCCUCCCAUCCAAUAUCCUGGAAUGGCACUACGUGGUGCGAGGGCCUGAGCUGACCCCCUAUGAAGGUGGAUAUUACCAUGGAAAACUAAUAUUCCCCCGAGAAUUCCCCUUCAAACCUCCUAGUAUUUAUAUGAUUACACCCAAUGGAAGGUUUAAGUGUAACACAAGGUUGUGUCUUUCCAUCACGGAUUUCCACCCGGAUACCUGGAAUCCAGCCUGGUCAGUGUCCACAAUCCUGACAGGCCUCCUCAGUUUUAUGGUGGAGAAAGGCCCCACCCUGGGCAGCAUCGAGACAUCCGAGUUCACAAAAAGGCAGCUGGCUGCACAGAGCUUAGCAUUUAAUUUAAAAGAUAAAGUCUUCUGUGAGCUCUUCCCUGAAGUGGUGGAGGAGAUCAAACAAAAGCAGAAAGCACAGGAAGAGCUGAGCUCCAGACCGCCCUCGCUGCCUCUCCCCGAUGUUGUUCCGGAUGGGGAUGCCCACUUUGGGCAGAAUGGGCACCCCCUGCUGAACGGGCACGUGCCCCUGGCCCCUGCCCACCCCGCCGGGCUCCAGCAGCCCCACAGGAACCACGGACUCUUGGGAGGAGCCCUGGCGAACUUGUUUGUCAUCGUGGGCUUUGCAGCCUUUGCCUACACAGUCAAGUACGUCCUGAGGAGCAUAGCACAAGAGUGAGGGGACAAAAACACCCCCAAAAGACCAAAUUUUAGUGGUAGUUGGCUCUGGCACUGGGAUAAAAUUUGGGAUUUGUUGCCAUGGGGUUGCGUUGGGAGUUUGGGUGAAGCGGAUUUUGCUGCUGGCUGAGAAGUCAAAGCAUUAUUGAUGAGACACUACAUUUUUAGUGCUUUGAUUUGUAGAGUUCUCCUCCCAUCUGUGGUUUGAAAUUGGGAAAUCUUCAGCGCAUACUUUUUACUCCAUUGAAUUUUUAAAAAUCCCAUCGUUCCUGCAUCUUUUAUUUUCCUUAGGGAAGAGGUUGGACAGGUGGGCAGGGAUCCAAACAGAGAUUCCACGUGGACUUGGGAAAAGGGGUUGGUGAAUAUUGAUUUUACAGGAAAUUUGGUUUCUUUUAAUUUCAAAUAAAAUGCCCAUCCUCGCAUAUCUAGUCAGUAGUGAUUAGAUGAGUGGGAAAAACAACACCAAAUGUGUCAAAUGCGUUGUCAAAAUUGUCACAACAUCACUGCAGGUUUUCUUUGGCCUCCAGGAAAUGCAGUUGGCCAUCAGCAAGGCAAAAAAAUAACAAAAACAACAACUUUGGAAUCAGUGGGAAUUCCCACAUCCAGUGUUGGUUUGGAGUUGUUCACUUUGGAGCUUUUCAUUUUGGGAGGGAAAUUGUAACAGUUCAUUCUCAUCACGAGGGGCCACUGGUGAAACAAAGAAUAAAAGUGCACCCACCCCAUGGAGAGAGUUGGUUGUGUGUUCCAAAAAUCUGCAUUUUUUGGCUCUGGGGAUGGAGGGAACAGCACCUGGGAAGGGAAAAAUUCCAAUUAUUUCAGUGGGAAUAACGAAGCAGCUCCCUCAGAGGCAGCUGAGUUUGUGUAAAGCUUUCAAUUUCAUUCCACUUCAAGUUUUGCUUAAACUCUUUAAAACCAUCAAAUCCCCACCCCAAAAUUCAUCUGCUGAGGGAAAACCUUCAGUUUAGUUCCACUUGCUUCAAGUUUUGCUUCAAGUCUUAAAAAAAAAACAACCCCAACCCCAAAAUUCAUCUGGGAUUCUGGAAAUAUUUUGCCUUCGACCCCAAAUUUCAUUGGAAAAUCUGGAAAUAUUUUCCUUUUAGGUGUGAUUCCCUCACACUUCCCCUUCAGGUGUUGUUAAAUGAAAUACUGAGGUUUCAUUCACUGUAUCCAACACUAAACUUCCCAAAUCUGUCUGAAUUUUUUUCUUUUUUAAUUCAGUUUGCUUGAUUUUUUUUUUUUAAUUCAUUUUCUCCAAAUGCUUUGUUUUAGAGGCAAACUUGGUUGUGCCUUCCAGAAGUGACAAAACCCCCACAAAAAGGGUCCUAACAGGGCUAAACCCCCUGAAUUUCAUGGUAAAGUCUUAUUUGAAUGAUUCUAAAAAGCCCCAAAUAAAUAAUUCCUCAUGUGUUUAAGAAUCUUCUCAGAACUGCUUUAUUUUCCCUUCCAGAUUUCUUCUUUUUUAGCUUCUCCUUGAGGAAUUUUAAGCAAAAAAUCUCCCAAACCCCUGAAUUUUGAAGCAAAACUCGUGAGGCAGAACUCAGAGCAUCCCAAAACGUCACCAGUUCCCUGCUCUAGGUAGGAAUCCCCAAAAUUAGAACAGAGAUUAGAAAAUCUUCACUAAAAAAAUUCCUAAAUCUGAUUUUCCUGACUUCAGGAUGUGGGAAAAAAAGCUAGGUUUUAAAAUAGGUGUAUAAAUCCUUGAUUAUUUAUUUUCUUACCAAAUCUUAAUUUAUUACUUGUCUUUUUUUUUUUUUUUUUUUUUUUAAUUUACCUCUUUUGCUUGACCAGCUCUUGGAAAAGCUGUGCUGGGAAGAGUGGGAAUGUCCUGGUUUUCCUGCAGGGCUGGGAUUUUCAGGCUGGCUUUGGUUUUUUCCCUGAUUUUUUCUCCAAGCAGAAGCACCUGGAGCUGAGAUUUUAACCCCUCUCAGUCCUUUUUGUGUUCUCCCACUGCCUUUUCCUGCCUUUUUCCAUUGCUGAUCCACCUUUAUCCUCUCCCAUGGAAAUUUUUAUCCACAAAAAAAAGUCCCCAAAAGGAGGCUUUGGGAGCAGCUUUUGGGACCUGUUCCUAACCAAGCUCAAAGAAAAAUCCCUGGAAAAAGUGAAUAAAAGGCUUUUUAUGACAUAAAAAAAAUGGGAUUUAAGCUACACCUGAAGGUGGAUCCUGUUUUUAGGGAGUGGAAAAUCGGGAACAAAAUUCCUUUGGUGAAACCUUGGACAUGCUGUGGGGUUGGUUUGGGUUUGUUUUUUUUUUUUUUUCCCUAAAAAUGGGUUGUAUUUAAAGGCCAAAAUUCCAACUGCAGAUUUAUUUUUAAUUCCCUGGAUUUGGAGGAAGACUUGAGAAUCAUUCCAGGUGCCAUUUGUGGGAUGCUGGGAGCAAUCCCUGUGGAUUCCAGGAGUUUGAUCCAGCUCCUUGCCUUUGGGAAUGGAAUCUUUAUUCCCUUUUUUUGGGGGGGUUGUGUUCUCCUGAGAGUGCAGGAUCUCAGCUUCCUGUUCCCAAAGCAUGGAGGAAAAAUUCCCAUGCCCUGUAAUUAAAUUCAAAUUUCCCUCUCAGGAUAUAAUCUUGGAAUAAAUCCUUGACUUCCAUGCUGCAAUUCCAUGGAUUUCUGUAAAAUUGGUAUAAUUUGAUGGUUGGGAGCUUUCCCACAUUUAAGAACUCUUCAUUUUUUAAUUAAAAAAUCCUGGAUUUUUGGGAAGUUCUCCCCUUUUCCCUGCAGGUUCCAAGGUCAUGGAAGUUCCCUCGCUCCAGGAAUGUCCCGAGGAGUGGGAAUGGCUGCAUUGUAAUGUUUGUUCAUAAUAAACGUCCAUGAGAAAUUAA